AAAUGAAUAACAUUAAGUUGACAGAAAGUGAUAUGCAUUAUGUCCAUAGAGUUUGGACAAAAGUUCAAGAAGAAUUAGAAUACAUAUUAGGAAAAUAUAACAAAGAUGGAGACAGAGGUUUGAAUCGUAGUGAAGUUGCUGAAUUCUUUAAAAAAAAUAAUGUUAAGUUCCCAAAUAUUCAAACUCAAUUAAUCUUUAAAUAUUUAGAUGGGUAUAGAGGAAGAUUUGACCAAAAUGGGGAUAAAAAAAUCACAUAUGAUGAAAUGAUUGAAGACUUUAAUACUUUUUUCAAAUUUGAAACAGAUUUGCAUAAAAAUGAUGCUUAUAAUACUGCAGAUUUUUUAUUUAAUAAAAUUGAUACUGAUAAAGAUGGGGUUUUGACUGUUGCUGAUCUUACAAAAUAUUGUGGCCCCCUUCCAAAUCCAGAACAAUAAUUGAUUGUUUUAUUAAGAAAAAAAUUAAUUUUUAAGGUUAUAUAAAUAUUAAUUAAUAAAAAAAUAAUUAUACAAAAAGGUAUUUUAAUAGUUUUAAAUGAUUAUUUUAUACUAUUUUAAUAAU